UGCGGGGUCAGUGGAGAGCGGAUAUAGUGAAUGCGGGGUCCGGGGAGAGCGGAUAUAGUGAAUGCGGGGUCCGGGGAGAGCGGAUAUAGUGAAUGCGGGGUCCGGGGAGAGCGGAUAUAGUGAAUGCGGGGUCCGGGGAGAGCGGAUAUAGUGAAUGCGGGGUCCGGGGGAGAGCGGAUAUAGUGAAUGCGGGGUCCGGGGGGAGAGCGGAUAUAGUGAAUGCGGGGUCCGGGGAGAGGGGAUAUAGUGACUGCAUGGUCCGGGGAGAGCGGAUAUAGUGAAUGCGGGGUCCGGGGAGAGCGGAUAUAGUGAAUGUGGGGUCCGGGGAGAGCGGAUAUAGUGAAUGUGGGGUCCGGGGAGAGCGGAUAUAGUGAAUGCGGGGUCCAGGGAGAGCGGAUAUAGUGAAUGCGGGGUCCGGGGAGAGCGGAUAUAGUGAAUGCGGGGUCCGGGGAGA